AAAAUGCACAAAUAUGAGACCCUUGGAGGAAAGAAAUUACCACCUGAUUUCUUAACAAGGAAAAGGAAGAAGAAGGCUAAAGGAAAGGAGUCUGUUGUCCUGAUUCCCUUCACAGAUGAGUACUUUGAAGAACUCAUGGAUGGACUUUUGAAUGAUGAUGACCCCCAAUCCGUCAGAGAGUUCCUACAUGGGUGUAAAGGGAAAAGUCUGAAUGAAGGGAAUAUUAGAAGUAUGCUUUAUAAAUACUCAAUUUCCAACCAUAUUUAUAAACCUUUCAGAGUUUGUGUAAAGACUAUUUAUAAUUCACUUAUUCCUAUUGGCACAGCACACCUGACUGCCACGAAGGGUGACGAGAAGAUCAAGCUUCGGAAGUUCUAUAUUGAGAAAAUGUGGAGAAGGAAAGGGUAUGAACAAAAAGCCCUCCAAGCAAUUGGGGACUACUGUUUCAAAUAAACUUGACUUUUUAAAAAUAUAUUACUCCAUAUUCUCUAUUAAUGAGGAAAUGAUACAGCUAUGAAAGGAGGCAGGGUUUAAAUUUAACAAAACAACCGCGACUGAAAUUGGUGACCCUGAUAAGCGCCACAUCCUGUAUUUUUAUAAAGAGGAUUAUGAAACUAUUUUGGCACUAGGAAAUACUAUGAAAGAUAGUACGAAAGCUUCUUCAACAGUAUUGAGUAAAAACUUGCAGAGUGAGUCAAAACUAAGCAUACAAGCUUCACCGAUUGGAACGAUGAGAUUUUCAAGCCCGAUAAAAUCAAACUCUCCCAAGAGUGAUGUCUUGAAACUUCCCCAAAUAACUUUUCAUAAAUUUUCAAGGUUAGACAGUAGGAGUAGUAAGGCAUCGAAAAUACCAAUUUCAUAUUCUUCAGUGAAUGCUUCUCAUAACACUCCACUUCCAAAGAUUGUGCCGCCAAAUUAUUAUUACAGGUCAAAUCGGGAGAGGAAUAACGCUUUAAUGGACUCAGUCCUGGCAAUGGACGCCGAAAUACUCAAAGAGACACAAAGCCUAGAGGAGUUGAAGUCCCAAUUUAAGGAGAAAUCUAUUUCUCUGGGUACAUCUCAUCCGGUUAGCCGGAUGAGGAACUCCUCAUCACAAUGAGAUCUCUUCGAUGAUAAGAUUAACUUCUCAAUUGCUCCUAAUAAGUUGCGUCAAACUCAGGAGGAGCAUCCUCGAGUUUCUGACAUCAGGAGCAUUAAGAACUAUAAGAGUAUUAAAGAAAUUAUGAAAAGGCCAAAACAAUUAUAA